AUGAGAUCCCAAACCAUUUGGCGGUCAUUUGGCCUAUUGCAGCGCCAAUCUAUCUCCUGUCGGAAAACCAUCACCCAUCGAGGUAUCCAAACAACUAGUUCUACUAGUUCUCGACCGGUCCCCAACUUCGCAUUUGCAUUUGACAUCGAUGGCGUCCUCCUUCGUGCAUCAAAACCUAUACCUGGUGCCGCCGACUCAUUGGCUCUCCUGAAGGAGCAAGGCAUCCCCUUUAUUCUGCUCACCAAUGGCGGCGGGAAACACGAAACAGAGCGCGUUGCAGAGAUUAGUGAAGAACUAGGAGUCCCCCUGGAUGCUACAGACAUUGUACAGAGUCACUCCCCAUUUGCUGAGUUGGUCAAAGGAUCGGACGAGGCGAGCGCUCUGGAACACAAGUGUGUGUUAGUGGCCGGAGGGGAUGGGGAUAAUUGUCGGCGCGUGGCAGAACAAUACGGUUUCAAGAAUGUUGUCACCCCGGCGGAUAUUUUCAUGGCCAAUCCCGCCGUCUCGCCGUUCUCGAAGAACUUCAGCGACUAUUAUAAAAAGCUUGCCCGACCGCUUCCAAGCCCCAUUGACUUCAAUGACCCAUCAAGGAGUCUGAAGAUUGACGCCGUCUUUGUGUUUAAUGACCCUCGUGAUUGGGCUUUGGACACUCAGGUUAUUAUGGACCUUCUCCUCUCGUCGCAAGGCCGUAUGGGCACUUUGUCUAAAAAGAACGGCCGAAUCGAUCUUCCAAACCACGGAUACCAGCAGGAUGGCCAGCCCCAUCUGUACUUCUCUAAUCCGGAUCUGUGGUGGGCUGCCGCCUACCCCUUACCCCGUCUUGGUCAGGGCGGAUUCCGAGAAGCACUCGAGGGCGUUUGGGCUGCCACUACAGGUGGCCCCAGCAAGGGUAUUGCGUUGAAGAAGACCGUGAUCGGUAAACCUUAUCAAUUGACCUACGAAUUUGCAGAGCGUCAAUUGCUUCGGAACAGACUAAGAACCUUUGGAAGCUCUACUAAUCUCGCGCCUCUGGAGAGAGUAUACAUGGUUGGUGAUAACCCCGAAUCGGAUAUUCGAGGAGCCAACUCCUAUCGCAGUGAAAUUGGCACUAGCUGGCACUCGAUUCUUGUCCGCACUGGUGUAUACAGUGGUGGGGAGCCUGCUUGGGUUCCUAAAACAAUUGCCGAUGAUGUGCACAAGGGUGUCCAGUGGGCACUGAAGAGCUCGAGCUGGCCUGCUGCGUGA